AUGGAGGCACGCAAGCCAUCAUACCACGCCAAGGUGCAGUCUCGUUAUGUCGUUGCUCGCAUUGCGUUCCUAGUUGGCGAGCGCCGUGGACAAGAAAACUUGAAGAAGGACCUUGUCCGACGCAUCAAAAUGUUGGAAUACGCCCUGAAACAAGAGCGUGUAAAAUUCCAUCAGUUCAAGGCUUCCGUUGCUGCCGCGGCUCAGUCGGGUUCACGACCACCGGCGGAAGACUCUUCGAAUGCUGCUUCAGCUUCUGUUGCCGUAGUUCCAUCUCGGUUUCUCCCAGAUAGCCCAAAACCGAAACCUCUUGAACCUUGUGCGAAGUUAAAUCGAACCACGAAGCAAACUUUAGAGGCUCGGAGAAAUUGGCUUGAGAGCCGUUGUCGUUUACGUCAAUACCUUCAAGAAAUCGGUUCUGCAGAUGCCUUAUUGAAUGUUCGACAGGCAAGGGUUCUUCAGCUACUGAUGUCCACUCCUGGCUGGCGUGGUGCUCUUGAUCAGGAGGGCGCUGCUAUUGACCCUGGCGUUAAGCAACACCUACGACUAGAUGGUCCUUGGGCCGGGGCAACCUCAGAUGAGAAAGCAAAUGGGGUAGCUGGUGCGUCCGAUGACUUGAUUGAGUCAGCACUGGCGGAGAUGGAUCAAGCUGUGCGUACAGGCAAUGCUUCACGUCCCGAAUUAGGCGAUGACUGUGCGGAACCGGAUACUACUGGACAAUCCCUCGGAGGUCCGGAUUCUUACGAUUCGAAUGAUACCACAUGGGUGAACAGGUUUCGACGCACGGGGGGACAUUCUUCGGGAGAGCAAGGUCGAUCAAAGCAUACAUUGGGUCUUGGAGAUGAGAUGAGCCCAACUGAAGGGUCUGUUGCCAGUGCUGUUUCUUCAUUCAUCAGUGGCCUAAAAGAAGGCAAUAAUACGGACCCGGAAAGUAUCAAUAUUACCGAAUUCAUCGAUGCAUUGUCUACGGAUGUUGACGAAUUAAGGAAACGUGGUAACAUGAAAUGCCAAAAAGCAUCGGAUUCUGCUGACGACGAUAUAGACGAUAUGUUGAAUUACAACGUUUAUGGUCCUCAACCUCCACAGCCUACAAGCGGACUGGAUGCCGCUAAACUGCCUGGGGCCAAUGAAGGAUUAGCUCUCGGGGAUUUGGCCACGUUGACCGUAGCAAAUGACCUUGAAUCGGGUGCAGAUGGAGAAAACUGUGACGCUGUCGGUGUCACACGCGGUGAAUUUGAUCCCAAUGUUUCUGGGGGUCAUUCUGGUAUGACGAACGAAGGUUCAGGUUCCAUGGUGGGAACGACUACUGGUCCAACAACCAGUUCUGGGCAUCAAACUUGGCAAGCGCGGUACACGCUUCGCGGUCAUUUAGACGGAAUUCGCAGCGUAGCUUUUCAUCCCACCGAGAGCGCUUUAUACACGGCUGGUGAAGACGGUUGUGUUAUGUUAUGGAAUCUGUCUAAAAGUGGUUCUGUUAUGCCGAGUGCUGGUCCAGGCAGAGCUGGUGCUGGUCGAGGGGUUUCUAGUCCUAUGGCUGAGUUAGAACCUGUUCAUGUAUAUUGUGGUCACGAUGGUGCGGUUCUGAGUGUGGUCACACCAAGUGCAGCCAUGGCAGCAUCUUCGAACGUAACUGCUUACACGGGAGGUCUGGAUGGAACCGUGCGAGCUUGGCGUUUGCCUGCUGUAUGUAACACCACUGGAGUCAUUGACUUGUAUGCCCCGCAUGAUCUGGAACAGGAAAACGGACCUGUUCUGAGAGGUUCACGAGGCGCGGUUUGGGCUUUAGCUGUGCACCCGUCUCGUCCACUGCUUACCGCUGCUCAUGCCGACAAUGCGAUCGAAUUCUGGUCCACACUGGAAUCAAGCGAAUCAAUCUCCACGCCCACAUUUACUGUGCAUUUGGAUCGUGUGUUCAAGCCAGCCGGUACGGAUAUCGAACCAUUGGGUCGUCCUACCUGUUUACACUAUUUGGUUAAUCGACCGGAUUCUGUCGGGUCUUCUCAGUGUUUGAUAGGCACAAGCACUGGAUGGCUGUUCCUGUUGGAUGUUGAAACCGGUCAGAUCGUUAGUCAGUGCGCUCCGCCUCCUAAAAGUCCAUCAUCAGCGGUAACAAAAACCACCGGUGGGUUUAACCAGAGUAGAUUGUUAACUUAUGGACGAUUGUCUACUUCCCUACGGCUACGUACUAAUCUCUUACUGGAUCAUGUGCAAGCCUUUUGCAUGCCACAUCCGGUAGAUAUUGCAGAUAUUGGACCAGGUUAA